AUGAGUUCUGACUGGGCAGCCAAAUUGGCUAAUGUAGUUCCGCCAUCUACAGAUAAACUCUCUAAAUUAGAAAAGAGUCACACCAAAAAGAAAAAUGCAUCGCUUACACCACCACCAUCGACAACAACAGCAACAGCAGCAAUAGGUACAACAAUGAUGACAAGAGCGACGGCGAAAUCGCCAUCUCCCUCUACAAGCUCCUCUACUCCUACCAAAUCCUCAUUACUCACUGGCAUGCGUUCAACCACACCCACAAAUGUCGAGUCAUGCGAAUUCAAUUCAAAGGAAUUGCUAGAAUAUUUCGAUUCCGAAUACAAAAGGUAUCUCAAUGAAGCCAAGAAGGAUAAAGAUGGUGAAGUUUACAAGAUCUACAAGUCCUUGGAAUCUUCAAACCAAUGGACAACAAAAUUAUCACUGAAUUUAAAUAAAAACUUUGGGCCCAAGAAUGUGUUUAGAAAUAGUAAAAAUAAUGGUGAGAAAAAGGAUUCCUACCAUUCAUCAGAGAAUGGAUUUAAUGGGCCAAAUGUCAAUACGGUUGAUAUUCUAUUUGAGCUCAACCGAUCUAUAUACCAACAAAGAACUCAAUCACAGCUGCACUCGCAAAAUAGUUGA